AUGAUUUUUCUAACCGAUCGUAAUUCAUUAACAUGGCGUUUAUUAUAUGAUAUUUCUAAUCGUAAUUAUGAUUAUUAUCGUAAUUCAAUUGUUCAUAUAGAAAAUAAUAAUAUGAUACGAACAGUAAUGAAAACAUUGAAUAAUAAUAGUAAUGAUUUUAUUGAAUCAACAACAGAUUCAUCAUCAUCACCACAAUUGAUACAUAAUCAUUUGGCAAAAAUGUUGAUAAAAAACCGGAAAAAAUUACUAGAUAAAUUAAUCAUACGAUUAAUGUUAAAUAUUGAUAUUUAUAAAUUUGAAAAAUUACGUUUAAAAGUAUUUAGUUAUGUUGGCUUGAAACAACGAAUGAUUUUAAUAAUAACAAUGAUAUUGUUACAUUUU